AUGUUGUGCCACUGCAAACUGGCAUGCACCAACAACACCGUCUCCCUCAUGUUCGGAUGCAAGAAGUACCGUUACAAGGAUGACGAAUCUGCGACUCCCCCUGUGCCUCCCCCUGCGCAGGUGUCGGUAGAGAGCAGAGAGCCGGAGUUGGUGCAGGUGGCCCAGAGGAGGAUCUCUCAGAUACGCAACAUACACGGAUACGUCACACACUCACACAUCCCUCCCGCCAAGUCCGUAGAUAGUGUGUCUCCUGUCGGACUAGAGGAGCUUCCAGCCCCAACCUUCCCCUCUCUCUACUCCCAAGAACCCGCUUUCCUUCAGGCGAGUCCGGCACCAGUGGUGGUGAAUACAGAAAACAUUGACUCGCUCAAUUACCUCAAUGGAACAGAAGCAGAUUUUGAGUAUGAAGAGAUCACACUUGAACGGGGCAACUCUGGCCUGGGUUUCAGCAUAGCGGGCGGGACUGAUAACCCCCAUAUAGGAGACGACCCCUCCAUCUACAUCACCAAGAUCAUCAGCGGAGGAGCAGCCUCAGAAGACGGACGCCUCAAGGUAAACGACUGCAUCGUGAGUGUAAAUGAGGUGUGUGUUCGCACGGUGACACACAGUCGUGCCGUGGACGCACUGAAGGAGGCGGGAUCUAUCGUCAGACUGCACGUCAGACGCCACAAACACGCCGCAGACCACACACUCGACGUCAAGCUACUCAAAGGGCCUAGAGGCCUGGGCUUCAGUAUAGCAGGGGGUGUGGGUAACCAGCAUGUGCCUGGUGACAACAGCAUCUAUGUGACCAAGAUCAUCGAGGGCGGAGCAGCACACAGAGAUGGACGACUACAGACAGGAGACAAGCUGCUAGCCGUGAACUGUGUGUGUCUAGAGGAGGUAACUCAUGAGGAUGCCGUGGCGGCCCUGAAGAGCACCCCUGACGUGGUCUACCUGAAGGUGGCCAAGCCCUCACGCAUCAUCAUGCCUGACCCCGCCCCUCUGCCCGACAUCACCACCAGCUGUCCGGCCCCACUGGAGUCGAGUCACGUCAACGCCCCUGGCUAUAUGACGCCGCCCCCCCAGCCCCAGUACCCCUCCCUCCCCCACAGCAUACCUGCAGACGAGGACAUCACCAGGGAGCCACGUGGUGUGGUGCUGAUGCGUGGGAUGACAGGUCUGGGCUUCAACAUCGUGGGGGGAGAGGAGGGAGGAGGCAUCUUCAUCUCCUUCAUACUCACAGGCGGAGCAGCCGACCUCAGCGGAGAACUGAGGAGAGGAGACCGCAUACUAGCCGUGAAUGGUGUUGAUCUCCGCACUGCCACUCAUGAACAGGCAGCUGCAGCUCUGAAGAACGCUGGACAGACAGUCAGCAUCACCGCACAGUACAGCCCAGAGGAGUACCGGCUGUUUGAGGUGCGUAUCCAGGAGCUGCGAGAGCAGAUGAUUGGCAGCGGCGUUACUACGGCAACUCAGAGGCGGAGCUUCUUUGUCAGGGCUCUGUUUGACUAUGACGGUGAUGUCACAGUCAGGGGCGUGUCCCCGGUGCUUGAGUUCCGAUUCGGAGACAUUCUGCACGUGCUCAAUGCGGUCGACCCGGAGUGGUGGCAAGCCCGACGCGUCACCACACACACACACACUCACACACACACACACGCCGAGUCCGGAGACAUCGGAGUCAUCCCCAGCAAGAGGAGAGUGGAGCUGAAGGAGCGUGCUCGGUUAAAGACAAUCAAGGCCAGGAAAGAGAGAGUGACCAGCUCAGAGGACAGGUGUCUGAAGCGUGUGGCUUGUAACUCCAGUGAUAGUGACACUAGUUACCAUGGUGAUUGUGGUCAGGAGGAAUGCUUAUCGUAUGAAGUAGUGCAUCAGCAGGAAGUGAACUACAGACGGCCCCUAAUCAUCCUCGGACCAAUCAAAGACCGGAUCAACGAUGACCUCAUCACGGAACACCCCGACACCUUCUCCUCCUGCGUCCCUCGUGAGUUCCUGAAAAACACACAAGACACUACGCGUCCUAAGCGUGACUACGAGGUGGAUGGCCAGGACUAUCACUUUGUGACGUCGCGUGAGCAGAUGGAGCGGGACAUUCAGGACCACAAGUUCAUCGAGGCCGGAACCUACAACACACACCUCUAUGGCACCAGCAUACAGAGCGUACGGGAGGUGGCCCAGAAGGGUCAGCACUGCAUCCUGGAUGUUUCUGGAAACUCCAUCCGCCGCCUACAGCAAGCCGACCUGCACCCCAUCGCCAUCUUCAUCAAGCCCAAAUCAGUUACCAACCUACUUGAGUUGAACAGUAGGCAGUCUGAGGAGCAGGGGAGGAGGACGCUGGAGAGAGCGAUGCGACUUGAACAGGACUUCACACAACACUUUACAGCGAUGGUGCAGGGUGACUCGCUUGAGGAGGUCUACAGUCAGGUGAAGCAGCUCAUCCUGGACCAGUCUGGACCCUACAUAUGGGUGGCCUCGCAGGACCAACUCUAACCUGCGCCCCCGCUACAACACAGUCAUAUGGGUGGCCUCGCAGGACCAAAUCUAACCUGCGCCCCCGCUACA